UUGGCUGGGGGAGCGAUCAAGGGAUUGGAGGAUUUGGAGAGGAACCAGGAAUUAAAGCACAGCUAACGAACCUUAUUCGAUCUGUACGAACCGUUAUGAGAGUGCCAUUAAUAGCGGUGAACUCCAUUACAAUCAUUCUCCUCCUGUUGUUUGGUUGA